GCAUGGACAUGGGACCUCGAGGCCUCCAGCUGCUGGCGGUGCUCCUCGCCCUGGGGCUGUGUGCCCCGGCGGGGGCCCAGAAACCUUCCGCCUGCCAGUGCUCGCGGAUCGAGGCCUCCCACAGGAAGAACUGUGGCUUCCCGGGCAUCAGCGCCUCCGAGUGCUUCAACACGGGCUGCUGCUUCGACUCCAGAGUCCCCAACGUCCCCUGGUGUUUCCAUCCCCUCCCGAAGCAAGAGUCGGAGCAGUGUGUCAUGGAAGUGGCGGCCCGCAAGAACUGUGGGUACCCGGGCAUCAGCCCCCAGGAGUGUGCGUCUCGCAACUGCUGCUUCUCCGACACCAUCCGCAACGUGCCCUGGUGCUUCUUCCCAAUCCUCAAUCAAGAUUGUCAUUAUUAAGAGGAGUCCCUUCAGAGAACCCACCAGCCUCCCUGGGUGUUUGGAAAU